AUGCCCUCUCAACUCCAGUGGGUGAAAUAUCUAGAGUGGUCCAAGAUGCAUAAUUCGGACAUCAUCUAUGUAAAUGUCCUCGGACGCCCUCUCGUCGUGCUGAACUCACACAAAGCGGUGAACGACCUCCUCUCGGCGCGUUCUCUACUUUACUCUGACAGGCCACCUAGCGUCAUGGUGCACGAGCUUCUUGGAUGGGGAUCGAUGCCUAGCCACAUGCCGUAUGGUCAUGCUUGGCGAGCCCGACGUCGUACCUUCUGGCAAGAAUUCAAUCCAGCAAACUCGCUAAAUCAUCAAUCAAACCAACUACGGUCUUCCCGCGAUUUCCUUCGUCGACUGCUGUACGACCCAGACCGCUUCCUUCAUCACAUCGAAUACACUCUCGCUGGGAGUAUCAUCGCCACCGCGUAUGGGUUGGAGAUUGAGGCUGAACAUGAUCUCAAUAUUGCACGCGCCAAGAAAGUGCUUUUACAACUCAACGAAGCCCCUGCUACAGGAAGUUUCAUAGUGGACAUCCUCCCCAUCCUGAAGUAUAUCCCGGCCUGGAUCCCGGGAAUGGGCUUCAAAGCCUAUGCCGAGAGAGUGCGACCUGACACCUUGGCUAUGAGAAAUGCUCCGUACGAGCAAGGUUGCGAACGCCUGCGCAAUGGAAAUGCUGAGCCAAGCGUCCUUUCUCGCUGUCUUGCAAGGGGUGAACACGGUAUCGAGAACCACCCAGAUGAAGACAUUAUCAAGGAUGUGAUGUGGGUGGCUUGUGCAGGCGGUGCAGAGACAUCCCCUUUGGUGCUCUCUACGUUCAUUGCAGCGAUGCUGCUUCACCCAGAGGUGCAGAUCAAAGCACAAGAAGAGCUAGAUGCUUAUCUUGGAGCCCGGCUACCCGUGUUCGCAGAUAUGCCACAUUUACCAUAUGUCCGUGCGAUCCUGUUAGAAGUCUUGAGGUGCGUCUGGCAUCCUUCUCGCUCCGUUAUGAUCAAUCGCACACAACCCCAGAUGGCAACCUCUCACGUUGAUCCGUCAGGAGCACCGCACAGCGUAACGAUGGAUGAUGAGUACAAGGGGUAUUUUAUACCCAAAGGAGCCACCGUCCUCGCCAAUGUUUGGGCCCUCUUGCGGGACGAGGAAUACUAUCCCGAUGCCGACAAAUUCAAGCCAGAAAGAUUCUUGAAGGACGGUCGAAUUGAUCCUCGACUCCUUGAUUCUAUCCCUAACUUCGGAUUUGGGCGACGGAUAUGCCCCGGUCGCUUCUUUGCUAUGGACACUAUCCUUAUGUACAUCGCAUCGACUCUCUUCUGCUUUGAUAUCAGUAAAGCGAAGGACCUCGAAGGUCGGGAUAUUGAACCAGAGAUUCGGUACAAUCCUGGCUUCACAAUGCACAUUAUCCCAUUCAAAUGCGCCAUUACACCCCGCUCCGCUGAGGCCACGAAACUUAUUCGUGACUCGGAGCUGAUGUAG